AUGGCUGUCUUCCUCAGAACGGUGUUGUUGUCAUCGUGGGCGGCCGUAGCUGUAACUUUCCCUCUUACCAGCGUUGACAACAUCCUGAAAGGGUCAAGGGCUGAUUUUGAGUCAUCUGGCCGUGGACCAGACGAACCCGUCCAAGGACUUGUCAGAGUGGUCCGACUGAAUCCGCAGCUCCUGUCCGCGUCAGGGCACCUCAGACGAGGGCUAGCUCCAAGAGGGGCGGCCUCCUUGGCCUCCAAAAGGCCAUUUCCGGCGUUCUUGUCCCGUGGACGACCCGGCCCUGCCCCGGUCCCCAAAAACCCCGUGAGCCCGCUCCACCAUCUGCGCCCUGAAAACCCCUCCGUGCUGGAGCUGAAGAAGAGGCAAGGGAUGCAGAUGUGGCAGAGGAUCAUGGAUAAAGGAGAGCAGGGGAAAAUGACUAUGUCUUUGCCUGUUAGUCUGAAGGACACGGCUACACAGACAUGCACCGCCAUACCUUUCACUCAGCGGGUGGCAGCAGAGGGAUGUCACACGGUGACGGUGCCCAACAGGCUGUGCUUCGGCCAGUGCAGCUCCCUGUUCAUGCCAUCCGGGGCGGAGCUGGCUGGCCUGGCCGCGGGUAGGGAAGGCCGGCACCAUAUGCCCUGCUCCCGCUGCGCUCCUUCCAGGGCUCACACCGUGGCAGUGCAUUUGCGCUGUGGAGCAGAGGUCCGUGAGAAGCAGGUGAUGGUGGUGGAUGAGUGUAAGUGUGAAACGGGUCGUGAGGAAGAAAACGGUGAGGCUGCGGCCUCCAGGCACCUCUAG